AUGGCCUACUGGAAAGCUGCUGGUCUCACCUACAACCGCUACCUGGCCGUCGCUUCUCGCGCGGUCCGCCGGUCCCUCAAGGACGGUCCCCGUACCGCUGCCGAGCGCCGUGGACAGAUGGACCUUCGUUUCGCCAAGUGGGAGAACGGCAAGCAGGGUGAAGUCAAGCCCCUCGGCCAGGUCAACGACGAACUCAUGGCUCAGCAAGCCAACUCGAAAUAA